AUGGCUAAGGACUCUGCAGGCCACCGUGCCCGUCUUGAAUCUAUUUUCAAAGGCGAGGACAUUUUUGGGGAUCUCAUCGAAUUGGAACCCGAUCAAGGCGCUGCUAUGGACGAAUGGGUGAGCCUCGCAGGGGUCUCUAACCCGACCAACUCAAGCAGACGCCAAAACAUCUCAGCCAGGCCCAAAAAUCAAGGCGGCACCGACAACGAAUCUGACAGCUCAGACGGUCCGACCCUUCGCAAGACCCAGAUGGCCAAGCAGCAGCACCAGCCGAGGUCUGGAUACCGUCAUAUACUGCGCACCGAGCCGAACAUCGCUGCCAGCGACCUAGAUGUCGACGAUAUGAUGGCAGAGGAGGUCAGGCGAGCUCAAGACACUACUUGGACAGGACUAGGACGAGGUCAACUUGCGCCACGGGAAGAGUCGUUCACUCCUUGGUCACUUGUCGAAAGGUACCCGGCCAACUUCAUUGGCAAUGGCAACCGGCCCGCAGCCUCUCCAUACUUUGGAACGCCGGCAGUCUAUAACAAUCAGAUCUGGGACUUUUAUUACAUCCAAAAUCCCAGUCCCGGAAGAUUGCCUGUGCUGCUUGUUCCGACAAAACAGCUGCAGCAUCUUCUCAAGUAUACCAACGCUGCCCUCGGUAUUAACUUGACCAUACCCAUCGGCACCAACGCCGAUAAAUUCAAGGUCUGGUUCGGGUUGGGAGGUACACCCCGGCCUCGCUUCCUCGGCCGUACAACCAGCCUGGAUGAAUUUCUUGCCCUUCCCGCUCUUGCAUCGCUUCGCGAAAAUAACCCCCUUAACGGUGUUACAUCCCAAGCCCAGCAGCAGUUCCGGGAACUCAUUGAUGGGCUAAGCAAUGUGCAGGCUUUCAAAAAAGGCGACGCAAAGAAAAAGAAGCGAGCCAUCCAGCGAGUUGCGGAUCGUCAAAAAUGGGGACUGACUACCAAACGUGUACAACGCUAUCUCGGUCUUCGCCAGGGCAAGCAACAAUUUGUUGCCCAAGGAGUGCAGUAUUUUACCUUGAGCAACUCGCAGGCAAGGCUUCCACUCGACAUCAAGUUCGUUUGUGUUGAUGUCGAGACUUAUGAGCUAAACCACAACCUUGUCACCGAGAUCGGCAUCGCCGAACUCGAUACUUUGUCCCUACGGGGCAAACCCGCCGGAGACAAGUCCCAAAACUGGUUCAAUCUGAUCAAGUCAUACCAUUACGUGAUCAAGGAAAAUUCAUGGGCCAUGAACGGCCAGCACGUAGCAAACAACCAGCAGAAUUUCAACUUCGGACAGUCGCAGCUGGUUCCUAAAGCAACUAUCGUCCAGCAAGUGGCCUCCCAUCUCGGAAUGCCCUCAUCGAGCUGGCCGGGCCACAGAGGCGCCUAUGUUGUGCUCGUUGGCCACGACAUAAUGGCCGAUGUAGAGCAUCUCUUAAAGGUCGAUUACGAUGCACGGAAAGUCCCCGAAAUUUUCGAUGUGGUCGACACAGCGCAUAUGUUUCAGCAUUGGCGCCGGGAGCCCAACUCAACCAGGCUGAGUCGCGUUCUGGAAAGCCUAGAGAUUCGUUAUCGGUAUCUGCACAAUGCAGGUAACGAUGCCACAUACACUCUUCAAGCAAUGCUGGCAAUGGCCCAGGUCACCCGACAGGAGAGUUUUGAUAGGGCCAUGGGCAAGAGGAUCGAGCGACCUCUCCAAGAGAACGAGGUAGACAAUGAAGGCGGCUGGAGCUCUGACGAAGGGAAUGACGGCGGCGACCCUGUUGGCUUGCCCCGUGCAAACGGGUAUGAGUCUGCUUGA